UCUGUUAGCAAACGUUAAUUAUAUACGAGAUACAGUGUUAACAUGACCACUAAAACGUUGAGUUUGGACACGAUGGGACAGGAAAGGGGCUGCAGAAAAAUGUGGAAAUACUAAAAGAUACACAGCAGAUAAAGUGUUCAGAAGCAGAGGAGCUUUUUUCAUUUCUGAUGUCCCUCAACUGUCUUCGACCAGUCGUAUUUACCGUAGGAUUUUUAACAGUCAGUUUUGAUUUUCCUGGAGAUCGUACAGAUCUAAUCUGCUGCAGUAAGAGCCUCCACUCACCUAGUAACCUGGCUGCAUGGAUUUGCUCCCAUCAGCAACAAGAGCUUUGGUGAGGUCCAACGCUAAUAUUGAGGACAGGUUGCGUCCCUGAUAGUCCCAAUGGUGCUUUAUGGGUUUGAGGUCACUCAAGUUCUCCCACACCAAACUGAAUAGCAUUUCUUAAUGAAUCUGGUGUUAUCCUGUUAAAAUAGGGGAGAGCCUUCUUAAAAGUGCUACCUCAGCCUUGGGUAAAAUAUAGUUGUAAACUGUUGUAUUUAUAGACCUUGAAGUGGCAGAAAACAAGACCAGCUUCUUGGUAACAACAGGGUUCUAAAGUAGGUAUUUUUGCCAAAGAGGGAAAUAAAGAAGUUUGGUCUCAGUCUCUGCAUAAAGCCUCCCCAGAUGAGGAACUUAAGAAUCCUGAGUGCCAUAAAGAAAUUACAGUCCAGUUAGAUGUGCUGAUAUUGCAUCACAUGUUGCAGGUAUAUGGCUUUUUCAGAAACCUACUAAAAUCAUUGUGUAGGUGAAUGUGUGUGUCUUACAAGGCUGGCAUGCCUGAACACAGUUAAACUGUGGAGGAACCUGGAGAUUAACAAAUUCCUCAUGUGUAGACCAGCUGUCCGUGUAUGUGUGUGUUCAGGUUUAGACAGAAGCUGUGGUUUGGCCCUCAUUGAGGGUCUCUGAGAAAUUGCUUAUGUGGCACCUUGGCUCCCCUUCAUUAUUUCCUCAUGUUUUCUUCUGUCCCCUUCAGUCUCUAUUUUUCUUGCUUGGGAGUGAUUAUUGGAGCCCAAAAAUAAAAAUCCCAGAGUCUGAUUUCCAAUCUUAAAUGUGAUUGAGUUAGUUAUCGAACAUGAAGUUUAUUAAAAUAAAAAAUAAAAAAAAAAAGCCAGCAAAAAACUUGAGACAACUUUUCUUACAAUGUCUCCACGUCUCCAUCUCUGCUUCCAGCCCUCCCACCUCCUCUCUUUUCCUGUCUUUAAUUACGGUGCCUCCGAUUGGCUGAAACGUUCGGAAAGAUCGGACCAAUCAGGCAUCUUUUUGAGCUGGCCCUUGACCCCCUUAGGUGGUCUGUGUGUGUGUUUUUCUGUGUGAGCGUUAAUGAGUGCUUGUUGCCUGUGUGUUUGGUUUAAAGCUGUGCCCCAUCCCCUCGUCGGGGCAGUCUGUCAGAAAGGCCGCAGGGACAGGGUGCGCCAGGAGCCUCCAUCAUACCCACCACAACACACACACGGGCGCACACUUUGUGUUUGAGCUCAGGUGGACUGAGUCAUUUGGCCUUUGAGGCUUCAUUGGAGGCCACAUCUCGAUCCACAAACAGCCUGAUUAGAUAAGAUAACAGCAGGUAAGAGACUGUGGUGAUUCUGCACGUCUUUCUGUUUACUUCAGGAAAUUCCCAGGGAUUCAAGUUCAGGUUGAAGUCAAGUUUGACUGCUGAACAACACCUGGUUGUGUUUAUAAGAUGACAAACCAGUUGUUUUCAGCCCAGCCAGGAGUUCUUGUGUCAACAUGUUUGUUUAAAGCCUCUAAAUCAGAGUUCACUUCCAAGCCGCAGGGGUCACUUCAACAGUCACUCCAGGUGAAGACUAGCACAGGUCUGUGGUCUCAGGUUGUUACCGGAGUGGAAAUUUAACUCUUUUCACCAGGAGUCUAGAAGCCGUUUAAGUUUCGCUGAACUACUGGCAUCUUGUUGGGCUCUUGAACCAAGCAGAUCUGUUUCUGAAUAUACAGCUUUAUGGGGAUUUAUAGGUUGAAUAGUGGAUUUAAAAAAUCAAUUUUGUACCUUGGCAUUUCUUUGCUCUUAGAUCGAUGACAAAAUAAAAGUUUGUCGAGCUAAAAAUAUCUGCUGUAUAAUAAGAUUUUAAAGCUGGAGUGGGAGGUUUUGGGCAUAAGCAUCAUUUUGAAUGUCGGUGUGUUUGGUAUUUGCAGGAGAGGAGAAGCUCAAGUCAUGGCUGGAGGGAGGAGAACCACUUUCUCCGGUGUGUUCGUCACAGCUCUGCUGGCUGUGAUGCUGCUGCCAGCAUUCUUGUCUGCUGGACCAAUUGCGCAAAAGUCAAAAGGAGAUGCGGGAGAAAGUAUCCAGGAGAGAUCAGCUGCUGCAGAGUUACACAGGAGACUGAUCCGCAACCGCAGGAACAUAAGCUGGUACAAACAGCACUCUGACUUCUGGGGCUGGUACAAGUACUUCUCCGACAACGGCAACCAGGAGGCAGUUCAGGAAAUGGACCGCAUCUACCUGGCCUACCUCCAGAACAAAAACCGUGCAGAAGGACGUCGCUCCUACAAGGCCUACUUGCGCCACCUGGGGGAAAUCUACAAGUCCUGUGCUGAUUCUGAUGACCCCAACUGCGUAGCUUCCUACACCAACAGGCCUAAACCUAAACCAGAGCCCCCCAAACCUGCACCAGUGAAAACCUGUGACCCCACCAAGGACCCAUACUGCUUGUAUAUUGCUUUGGUCCAGGGCAAGAGCCCCUACCUUCCCCUGGUGCUCCCAGCUGCCUCACCUGCCCCUGCACCGGUGAAGGCCCCAGCACCUCUUUACGUCCGCUCUGCUGCUCCGGCCAAGGACCCACAGUCAGGGUAUCACUACUACGCUCCAUCUGCAGUGCCUUUCCUUUCUAAGGAGCAGAAGGCCGAGCUACUGCGCAUCUGCUCCUCUGAUGAUGUGGAGUGUAUGCAGUACCACUUGAAAGCAGCCUUCGGAAAUGUUCCCUCUGCUGGACCUCUGCCUUCCUAUGCUCACCUUGGCUGUGACCCCAAGAAAGACCCCACCUGCAAACCCAAACUGGUACAGAAAGCCCCCUCUGGUGUCUACCUGCAGUACCCCAACUGCGAUCCACUUCGGGAUCCCCUCUGUGCCUAUGCUGCUUCCCUUGUGGCGCCCCGUGCCCCUAACCCCCCUGCCCCUGCUGGCCCUGGAUCCUGCAACCCUCUUUUUGAAGAGGGCUGCAACCCUCUUACCGCCACCAGAUUUGCCACUCCUCCAGAGGCAUACAAAAAUGAAGAACAAGAUGAGGCUGCUGCCCUUCGUGUUGCCCCUCCUGCUGCUGAGAACAACAACGACCCCUAUGCUAUGUUUAGAGAUGCUUAUGCUAAUGCCAACAGAGUUACUGAUCCCUAUGCUAUGUACCGCCAGGCUAGCGCCCCAGCUUCUCCUCCUGCUAGUGACGCAUAUUCCAUCCUGCGCCGAUACAUGGCCCAAGCUCAAGUUAAUGACCCAUAUUCUCCACGGAUGGAGGCUACAUCUGAGUCUAACCCCAAUGAUCCUUUCUCUGCAAUUCGUGACGCGAUGGCUGCCAUGCAUCGUCGUGGUCCUCCCACCACGAGGCAGCAGUACCCUUUUUCCAACCCCAGUUUUGAAGAACCAGCCCAGGAGGAGCGCCACCCUCUGGGCCCCCCCGGUAAAACCAAGGAAGGCUACGACUGCUUCAUAGGCUACGAUCGUGAAUGCUACCCUGUGAAGCCCAGUGAGCCACGCUCUGGAGUUCACCGACGUAUCCCCUAUGAUGCUGAAGCCUACGAGCCCCACCUGAAUUCGGAUGGCACUCGAAACGGGGUCUUGGAGCCUGCCAACCCACACUGUGACCCUGAGUACGACCGUGACUGCCGCCUGCGUCGCUACGAGCCUGAGCAGACCCACACCGAAGCUCAGCCUGAGCAUCAUGCUGAGGAGGACCACAACCAGAGGGCAGCAGAGAGCGAGCAGCAGCCGGAGCAGCAGGAACAGGAUCAGUACGAGGCAGAGCCCUACCAGAGUGGCCAGGAGGAGCCUCACAUGCCCUACCAGCCAUUCUCACAGGGUAUGCCCAGUAUCCAGGACAUACUGAGGCGCUACGGAGACCAGUACCCUGAGCAGGAUGAUCACAGAGCCUAUGCAGAUGACUACCGCAAGAAAUAGACAUGCCAACACACAUGCAUGCAGAUGGACAUGACUAAAGAGUCCCGUGUGUUCUUGUAGCUUAGUCCUUGAUCGCCUCAUGUAGCACACAGUAAGACCUACCUGGACUAUUUAUGGGACUUGAGAAGGACCCAGUGAGCUGAGUACAUGCACACACAUCCACACAUAGCUUCCAGCUGUAGGAGCACGCUCAAAAAGCCAAGGGUGUUCCUGUAAUACUUUCAUCUCUUUCGCUGCUUUAGUCCUGUUGCUUUGGCCUAUUGUUUUCCAGUUUCCACCUCCACCUUUUCAAAUCACUCGAAUGUGUAAUGACUUCUUAAAACUCAGCUUUGCUUCUGUAUCUAUGCAUCUCACCUUUUUUUAUUUGUUGCUUUUUGUCAGUGAUGGAUGAUGUAAAGAUUUUUUUUUUUCAUUUUGAAUGUGCUAAUAAAAAGCUCUAGA